CGACAGGACAAAGUAUGUAAAUUUGAAACCCUUAAAAAUAUACCAAAAAUCUUUUAUCUUCUUCUUGUGAGAACAUAAAAAAAGAAAUAGAGACGGUUGACAGAAUCAACGAUCGAAAUCUGACGACACCAGUGUGACUUGUGAGCGACAUCGGACGACGGAGAUGGUAAACGCUGUUCCUGGCGCACCGGCGGUGAACAUCAUUACGCCGCCCUAUGAUGAAGAAAUUGGAUUAUAUUUGCGAACCAUGAAAAUGUGUUUCAAUUCCGAUCUUAAUUAUAAUCACUGCUCUUUCAGAUUCUUGCCACCCUUUAACUACAUUAAGACGGCCUGCAGUUUUGGUGAGGAAGAUGAAGAUGAUUAUGACGCUAUUGUUGUGGGGUCUGGAUAUGGAGGCUCUGUUGCUGCUUAUAGGAUGUCCAUGGCGGGAAUAAAGGUUUGUUUGCUUGAAAAAGGUCGGAAAUGGGAAGCUCAAGAUUUUCCUACAGAUAGUUUGAGAUUGUUAUCUUCUGUUAGAUUUGAAAACAAAAGCUUGAAGUUUGGCUUAGGCCCAAAAGAUGCAUUGCUUCAGAUACAUACAGAACAUGAUUCUUUAGCAGCAACUGUUUGUGGACUUGGUGGUGGUUCACUAGUGAAUGCUGGUGUAAUGCUGCCAACACCUGUUCGAGCAAAAAGAAACCCAAAAUGGCCAAAAGAAUGGGAGUCCAAUUGGAAGUCAUGUGAAGCCUCUGCUUCUUCCAUGCUUAAUAUACAAAACGUUCCUGUGAAAUUUCCUAAUGCUAAAACAAUGGAGAAAUUAAUGGUUGAUGACGAGUUCAAAGAAACUACCUCUUUAAAGCUGAGUAUAAACUUUGAUGUAGAAGAACAGGGAACUCAUCUUAAAACAGCUAAAGAAACAGAGAGCUGCAUAGCUUGUGGAAACUGUCUUUCUGGUUGUCCUUACAAUGCAAAAAAUUCCACUGACAAGAAUUAUUUGUUCUCAGCUGUUGAGGCAGGAUGUAGUAUAAAAACAGAUUGUGAAGUUAAGUAUGUGGUGAAAAACCCUAAUGACACAAAUACACAUAAGAAACGAGCAUGUAGGUGGCUUGUAUAUCUUAAUGAGACUGAUUAUCUACAAUCUGAUUUUGUUAUUCUAUCAGCUGGAGUGUUUGGGACCACUGAUUUGCUAUUCCGUUCACAAACUAGAGGAUUAGAGCUCUCAAGCAGGCUGGGCGAAGGGUUCAGCUGUAAUGGCAACAAUGUUGCUUAUCUUGCUGGAUGCACAACACCACUAGGUGCUUAUGGAUUACACAAAGAGCAAUUCUCCAAAAUACCCUUUCAAGAACGCCCUGGGCCCGCCAUUUCUAAAUCAUACACUUCUUCUUUGGGGUUCACAAUUCAGAGUGCAGUGUUGCCAACAGCUUAUCCAUACUUGAUAUUUAAAGGGGUUUCAACGUAUGGUUGGCCAACUGGGUUCUGGUUUCUACAUGGAGUUAUAGACAAACUGAAGCAUUCUUUUGGUAUAAAGAGCACUCAAGCAAUGGCUUUAAAUGUAAUGGGGUAUGAUGAGAGUGAUGGAAAAAUCACAUUUGAUAAAAUCAGUGAUAAAAUAAACUUCUCCCCACCAAUUGAUCCCUUGCUUCCACGAAAAAUCAUUUCCUUCCAAAAACUAACAAAAAAACUAAGAGGGAUACUCUUCAUGUCUAGAUACAGAAGCACCUCAGUUCAUCUUCUAGGUGGAUGCAAUGCUUCUUCAGAUCAUUUUAAUGGAGUUUGUAACUCAAAUGGUCAGGUUUUCGAUUCCCAGUCACCUUCCUCUGUCCACUCGGGUCUUUAUGUUUGUGAUGCCUCUUUAAUCCCUUGCUCUAUAGGGGUAAAUCCGUCUCUUACUAUUGCCACUGCCUCUGAGCAUGUUAGCAGACACCUCAUCCAAGAUAUUAUUAAUACUUAUGUGGGAAAAGAUUCCAUUGAUGAAAGAGAUGAUAAAAGCUGUGGAUCAAUACGUUCUUGGAAGGUAGAGGAGAAAUCAAGAUGUGAUGUUCGGUUUACAGAAGUUAUGAAAGGACAUAUUAAUGGAAUGCCUUGUGUUGCUUAUCUUAAACUGAAAAUGAAUGCGAAAACAAGAAAAGGAAAUCUGGUUUUUGGAAAAUCUCAUCCACUUAUGAGAGGAAUAGUAGGUGGAUAUCUCAAUUUCAAUUCUAUAGAGAAGGAUAGAUUAUAUGUAAUCGAUGGAGAAGUGGAUUUAUGUGAAGUUGAGAUAAGAACUCCUUACACACAGUUCAUGCAUUAUCGCCUCCUUCUUGCAGCUUCUUCUGGUUCAAGAUAUGUUCUUGAAGGAAAAAAGGUAAUGAACCCUUUUCUCCUAGGACUUUACGGAUGGAAAGAGUCAACAACACUGGAAGUGACAUUCAAGAAAGUCAAGAACAAUAAUCCAAGUGAAGAAAUGGUAGAUUUAAAAGGAGUGCUUCAUGUAUCCAUGAUUGCACUUGUGAGGAGCCUGAUUAGUAUGGAAGGAAACAACAAAAUGAAGUUUGUGUUGCUUUUAUUACAAUCUAUCUUUAGAACAUAUGUCAUGCAAAAACCUAGAGGGAGUUUCAUGGGUUUCCCUCAUGUAGAACUCAUGGAUAGGCCUUAUCCUAGCAGUACCCUUCAUGAGAUAAGAACAGAGGAUGGAUUUGUAAUUGGUUGCAGACAAUGGAAGAUCAAAAUGGAUGAUUCUUGGAGGUUUGAAAGAGAGAAAAAUCCAUAUCCAGUGCUACUUCUUAAUGGGCAUUCCACUGAGAGUUUUUGCCUUCCUACCGAGUCAAAUGAUUUGGUAAGAACACUUCUUGACAAAGGGCAUGAAACAUGGCUUCUUCAAACAAGGCUACACCCUCUUCAUUCUUCAAAUUCCUUCACUUUUGAAGAUAUUAGCAGAUUCGAUAUUCCAGCAGCCAUUGAUAAAAUCUUGAAAUUGAAUGACAAGUCAACAAAGAUUCAUGUGGUAGCACAUUGUGUUGGAGGCUUAGCCAUUCACAUGGCUAUAAUGGGAGGCCAUGUUUCUGCAACAAGAAUCGCUUCACUCUCUUGCACUAAUUCAUCCAUGUUCUUCAAGCUCACACCUUUUUCAACUUUCAAGAUGUGGCUUCCUCUAAUCCCGAUAACAAUGAUGAUAUUAGGAAAAAACACCAUCCUUCCUAUACUCAAAAGAACAAAAGAAAGUAUGAAUCACAAACUGUUAAAAUCCAUAGCUCGUGUCAUCCCACGUUAUGAGAGAUGCAAUUGUGAGGAAUGUGAAGUAUUUUCUGGCAUAUUUGGGAAUACAUUUUGGCAUGAAAACAUAACACAAACUCUUCACAGUUGGAUGAAUGAGAAAAGUAAUUCGAGUCUUCCCAUGUCUGCUUUUCCACACCUUAGAAAGAUAUGUAACACAGGGUUCAUAGUUGAUAGUAAAGGAAACAACUCAUAUUUAAUUCAUGCUGAGAGAAUGAGUCUUCCAACACUUUACAUAUCGGGUGGAAGGACUCUUCUUGUGACACGUGAGACUUCUUGGCUUGGAAACAAGUAUAUGAAGUUGCAUCAUCCUAAUCUUAGACAUGAGAGGGUGGUUGUUGAUGGAUUUGGGCAUUCUGAUCUGUUAAUUGGAGAAGAAUCUUGUAAGGAAGUUUUUCCUCAUAUACUCUCUCAUAUUGGGUUGGCUGAAAAGGAGGAAAAUCUUGAUGAUAAUGGAAACGAUUACAAGUGUUUUAGUGGAGAUGAUCGGUUUGAGGAUGGAGAAUUGGUGUUUGAGGGUUGGGUCUCUUCUUCUAUCACUAUUUGGUUCCUCUUGUUUUUUGUUGCUUUAUGUUCGGUAACUUUGUAUUGUUUACCUCUAAAAUUCUUAUUUUAG